AUGUUGAGAGAGCGGAUCGGCGCCGAGCUAGUGCGGGUCGGAUUUUUACCAUUUUCGGCUGCUCCGGCGCAGCACGCUCAUGUUAGCCCAAACCCGGCUGUUGCGGGGGGCCAUCAGAAUAGGGAAAAACCUUUGAAAGCCCACUGCCCAGUCUAUCCACUUCACCACCCACCAACACCAACACCAACACCAACAACAGCAAUAGCAACAAGGAUGGGAUCCCAGUCGCCAUUCCCGAGCUCAUUCAGACUCACAACCCCCUCCGCAAAACCCCCAGCCUCAUCAGUCUCAGACUCACUCAAGCAACUGCUCGAUCAUUCUCGACAACUCCAUUCUGGAAUAGCCAGUGCCUCAAGCCUUAACACGAACUCUGGUUUCAACCAAUUCUCUGGCGCAACGAACGCAUCUAGUAACCUCACCGGGACCCUUCCUACCGUCCAGCUUGGUCUCGAUCAGAUCGAGGCCCAAUCCAGGAGACUUGUUUCGAAGAUCAGGAAAAAUGACACCCUCGACGCGUCUCUGUCUCUGUUUGGGGGCGGCCCAGCUAACUCUCACAGGGAUGGUCGAAGUCUCACUGCUCUGAACGGUCAAGGUACCAGCUCAAAGGCCCACUAUCUUCUAGCCGGGGCUGGGGUUAAUGCCGAGGAACUAGGAAAGACCAUCGAUGGCGUCGAUCUCCGAGGUACAUUCGAACCUUUGCAGCCCUUACAAGAUACCGACGUUGAGGGGUACCUAAAACAUGAACACGAACAAUCUAUCAUCGCGUCAAUUGAGGAGGGGAGGAGACAGACCGUCCAAGACUUCUAUCAAAUCUUAGAUCGAUCAAUGAGACAAAACUGGGAAGAACAGAAGGAACUUCUAUUUGAAGAGCUGGCGCGCCAUCAGCCUCAAUCCUCGAGUGAAGGCGGAAAUGUGAUAUCGAUGUCCCAGUCGAGACUCCCAUUUUCAGGGAGCACCAACUUCAGUGAAAUCCAAUCCGGCGUUGGUCCUCGAACCGGCCCCAGUCAGACUGACAUGCACGGAAAGAUGAUGAAAUAUGAUCAAGCGGUCUCCAAGCUCAAUGAAAGACGUCUCCAGAAUGCCUACUUUCCAAUCGUCCAUGCCUUCAAAGACGCUAGCUUGUCAGUCACCGAAGAACAGGCCAGAUCAUCCCAAAACGCACCCCUCAGCGACACAUGGAAUCUUUUGGCUCAACUCGUCCAGGAAAAGAAUACUGGACUGUCCGAUCAAGAUAGCGAGACGAUCGGCGGAAUUCGGUUGACUACCAUAUCAGCCGAGCGUAAAUAUGCUAAACAUUACUUGGGUGACCCUCAGAGUCUUGAAGCCAAAAACGUUCGCAAACAGUUAGCCGAUGGUGCCAAAACACAUCUGGAACAACAAUUCGUCGCCCAUAUUAACAUGCAAAUUGCCGCACAUCCUCUAGAGGCUACCCUUGGUGGUGACCCAUCAACAGCCAACAAAGUCAGAGCUUAUGUUGAUCUGAAAUUUUGUAAAAAUGGAACUUGGACAGAUAAACGGCUAGAAAUCAUCAAUAAUACGCCAGUUUGGGCCAGAAUAUUCUACCUGUUGCGGAUUGGGCAGAUUUCAGAAGCCGUGAAAUUUACCAAAACGUAUGAACAGCAUAUUCGAAAAACCGAGCCGAACUUCUUAUCCUAUUUCUCUUCGUGGGCUUCGAGUCCCGAUCGCCGUUUAUCAAAGACCCUACGGGACAGAUUCUUAGCUGAAUACAACCAAAGGACUCGAGAGGUUAGUGGGGCCGAAGGAGGAUUUGGAUCGGGCACCAGUCAUGCGACCGCCGCCAACGUGGAUCCAUUCAAACAUGCCGUCUACAAGAUCAUCGGAAGAAUCGAAAUCCAACGCAAGAAUGUCCCAGUGGCUAUUGCCAGUAUGGAAGAUUGGGUUUGGCUGCAGUUGGUCCUUGUCAAGGAAACUGACCCAGCACUCGAUCAUCCUGUCUCUAGCAAUAACAGCUCCAUCUCUUCCAACCAUGAGCGUUACGGUUUGGAAGAGUUUGCUCAAGUGAUCUCUAAAUACGGCGAGAGUCACUUUGAUCCCAACGGUAAUCGACCCUUAAUGUAUUUCAGAGUGCUUUUGAUGAGCGGCCAAUUCGAAAAGGCCUGUCUGUUCCUUCAACAAAAGCCACACUAUCAAGUGGAUGCGGUACAUUUUGCCAUCGCCCUAUCAUACUAUGGUUUACUACGUAUAUCUGACAGCGCUCCUUCGACCGAGGGGGGAGCUUCCUCUCCCAAAGGCAGAUCGUCAAGCAUGAGCCUCCCGUCGGUGAACUUCGCGCGCCUGAUUUACCGAUACACCCGUCUAUUUGCCAAGAGCGCACCUGAAGUAGCAGUACAGUACUUGUAUUUGAUCUGUCUCAAUGCCGAUGCUCCGCCGCCUUCAUUGGGCCAAAAUCAGGUCACACUCUGUCAUACUUAUAUCGGAGACCUCGCCGUCGAAACCGCUUCACGAGAAGAAAUCUUGGGGGAUGUGCGUAAUGAUGGUACCCGGAUUCCUGGAAUGAUUGAAAGGGACUUGAGCUUGAUCAAGCUAUCCAAUCAACGAGAGUAUCUGGAAACGAUUGUCAAGCAAGCAGCCGAGCGUGCUUUCAGGGAACGACGAUUACGGGAUGCAAUCCGACUGUUUAACAUAGCGGAAGAGUAUGACCGGGUGAUUGCGGUGAUCAACAUCGAGCUAGGGAGCUCGUUAUUCCAGCCCGGGAGCAAGCCUGCCUCGAGUCGGAUCGGCGACGAGACAAAUAGUGCCGGGCCCAAGGGCGCGACCGUCUCGCUCACCGCCUCUGAAGAUAUCGUUGCCGUCGCUAAUAACGUCUUGGCUCAUUACGAUCGCACCUCUACUAUCUCAAGUCGCAUCACCCGCAAGAAUCGCGAUACUUGCGCUUUGCUGUUAAGAUUCAAAACCGUCUUGGAUUUACAUGAACAGGGCAAAAAUGAACAAGCCUUGGCCAUAUUGGAUUCUAUCGAUCUCUUGCCGACUGGAAGCGAUCUGGUUCAGAUCAUACGAAAGUCGGAGCAAGUGAAGGAUUUGGACGAUACGAUUGUCAAGAACUUAGAUGUGAUCGUGCUUAGUGGGAUGAACAUCCUCUACCAGGUGUUCAGUACCUUCAAAGAUAGUCCUUAUGGUGAUGCCAGUCGCCAAGCUAAAAUGGCUGAGAUCAAAACUAAAGCUCGAGCUAUCACUACUUUUGCGGGGAUGCUAAGAUACAGAUUAUCUCCUGAGACUUACUCUCAACUUAGUAGACUUCAAGCUUAUUUACAUUAAACAUACAACUCAAUAACAAAAAAGAUUAAAGUUAACAUUCUCGUUUCUUAAUUAUAUAUAUAUUGUACUUAUUUUUUUUUCUUGAAAUUUGGUGAGAGAAAUACUUCUGGGUGCCUGCUUUUGUCCACUUGACCAUAAUCGUCAUGUUGGUAAUGAAAGAAGCAUCAUGGAUUCAUGGAUUU